GAUGUGGCUGGAUGUGCAGCUGCGCUCUCACCAAUGCGCACUGGGAGGAAUGGAGGAUGAUGUCGUGACCGCUGCAGGAACGCAACUGAUGUUUUUCUCUCCAAACUGGAGGUAAAUGUGUGUCAUUGGGUUGAUGGAUGCACUGGAGAAGACAACAUGUUCUCACACCUCAUGUCGACGUAGAGGGGAACAGUGCUCAUGUUUGGAGGUUGUGACCUGGCAGGACUCUCCCCUCCUUUAAGCCUUAAGCCUGAGCAGCCAGUGUGCGUCAGCCAGCAGCAGCAGCAGCUCCAGCACACUCUCAGCAAGUCUCCCUAUGGGUGAAGUGUUUUCAUUGACAUUGUAAUCAGCCCAAGAGGUCGUACUUCCCUCCUGCGAUCCUCCCUCCACAUCCAGCGUCAGCAUGGGGGAGGUUGUCCAGAUGCACUUCACCACGGUGGACUAUGUCAUCUUCGUUUUGCUGCUUGUGGCCUCGGCUGGCAUCGGCCUGUUUUAUGCCUUCUCUGGGGGGCGUCAGCGCACGACACAGGAGUUCCUGAUGGCCGACCGCUCCAUGAGCUGCCUGCCCGUGUCUCUGUCCCUGCUGGCCACGUUCCAGUCAGCAGUGGCCAUCCUGGGCGCUCCAUCUGAGGUCUACACGUUUGGGACACAGUACUGGUUCCUGGGCUGCUCUUAUUUCUUGGGUCUGCUCAUCCCAGCUCAUGUAUUCAUACCAGUCUUCUACAGGCUGCGGCUGUCCAGCGCCUAUGAGUAUCUGGAACUGCGUUUUAACAAGACGGUUCGCAUAUGUGGGACUGUGACCUUCAUCUUUCAGAUGGUCAUUUAUAUGGGGGUUGUCCUGUAUGCUCCAGCACUGGCUCUAAACGCAGUGACGGGAUUCGACCUAUGGGGAGCAGUGCUGGCCAUGGGAUUAGUGUGCACUUUGUAUACUGCUCUGGGGGGCCUGAAGGCAGUGAUUUGGACCGAUGUGUUCCAGACAGUGGUGAUGUUUGCAGGCCAGCUGGCCGUCAUUGUGGUGGGGGCCAGUCAGGCAGGAGGUAUAACAGAGGUCUGGAGGAAGGCCACCAAUGGCAGUCGCAUUGCUGGACUAGACCUGAACCCAGACCCUCUAGAGCGCCACACCUUCUGGACGCUUGGUGUCGGAGGAGUCUUCCUGAUGUUGGCUCUGUACGGUGUCAACCAGGCCCAGGUCCAGAGAUACCUCAGUUCACGCACAGAGAAAGAAGCUGUAAUGUCCUGCUAUGUAGUUUUCCCCUGCCAGCAGAUCGUCCUGUGUUUGGGUUGUAUGAUGGGUCUGGUCAUGUUUGCUCGCUAUGGAGAGGACAGUCCGCUGGAUAAGGGCUACGUCAAGACUAAUGACCAGAUGGUGCUGUAUUUUGUGAUGGAUGUGUUCAGGGACCUGCCAGGGCUGCCAGGGCUGUUUGUGGCCUGUCUCUUCAGUGGAGCUCUCAGCACCAUCUCAUCAGCUUUCAACUCCUUAGCAACAGUAACUAUGGAGGACCUGAUUAAACCCCAUUUUCCAAAUAUGACUGAAGCCAGGGCCACGCUACUGUCCAAAGGACUAGCUUUGGUUUAUGGGCUGGUGUGUCUGGCUAUGGCCUACAUUGCCUCCAUAAUGGGAUCUGUGCUGCAGGCAGCCUUCAGUAUCUUCGGGAUGGUGGGUGGUCCUCUGCUGGGACUCUUCUGCCUGGGAAUGUUCUUCCCCUGGGCAAACUCCAUUGGUGCAGUGAUUGGGUUAGUAGCAGGUCUUGCCAUGGCCUUCUGGAUCGGGAUCGGCAGCUUUGUGAUGCGCAUGUCUGGUUCCACACCAGUUCCUCCGCUCAACACCACUGACCUGCCGCUGUUGGAAAACAUGACGACCACUGUCAUGACCACACUGCUCAGUGCCACAACAGCCAAGCCAAGGCCGACGGGCGUUGAGGCGCUCUACUCGUUGUCCUACAUGUGGUACAGUGCUCACAACUCAGCUACUGUGGUGGUUGUGGGACUGAUAGUCAGCUUGCUGACAGGUCCUAUGAAGGAGAAGGAACUGACACCGGGUACAGUUUUUCCAGUCCUCGGCACGCUGCUCUUCUUUCUGCCUGAACGCUACAGAGAGAAGCUCUGCUGUAUCACUCCUCUGGCUCAGAAGCCCACAGAAAUCAGCUCACAGCCUUAUAAAAUGGCCAAGAAAGACCGCAACGGAGCAGCGUACUGCAAAGAGGACACAGUCACAGAGGACAAGGAGGCAGAAAGUGACAAAGCACAAACGGAGGAUGAAGAUAUGGAAACGAGGAUCGCUCAGCCAUCCUGCCAGCUUGCGGCUCACACGGUUCAGGAGACGGCCUUGUGAUUCUUCUUUCUCCUCUUUGGAAAAUGCACAAGAUGCACACAAACACUUUGACCCCAACUGCGGUACCAUCCAGUCCCUCAUGGGUAGGGCAACAGAAGAUAAGAUACAAAGUUCAUCACUAAGUAAAGGUUCUUGAAGACCUGCAGCAGAGUUUUGCUGUUGUAACAGCAUCAGUUUAAUUGGAUGAAGGAGCAGACUUAGUGACUGCAGUAUCUGUGCGGGGGAAAGCUGUUUUUAUCAGCACCUGUUCACAAGUCGUCUCAAACAAAAAAAGAAAACAACUGGAAAUCAUCUUCUGCCAGGCUGGAACUGUGCAUUUGAAGCCCUAAUGGCAGCAGCAUGAAGAAAUUUGUCAGUUGUUUUUAGUGACGCUGACCUUCACACACAGGUUUUUGCAUCUGUCCAGAUGUGUGCAGUUUGAAAUUCAGACUGCUGUCGUGCACAAUGAGCUGCUCUGUUUUGACAAAAAAAACAAAAGAAUCAGGUAGUUAAUAGAUGCAAAAUGUAAUAUGUGUUAUUUUUGUAGAGAAGAUGGAACCACCAAAUCCCAGAAUAUGAAGAAAUAUAAUAUGAAAAAAAGAGUAAAACUGUGGGGAGAACUUCAACGGAAGGCAUGUGCUACUGUGAUAGUGUAGUGUCUUUACAUGGCCUUGGUUUAAUACUAAUAGUCGCCUUCUAGCUGCUUAUAUGGAUGUCUAGCUAGGUGUCCAUUGAAAGCAAAGCUGUGUAUUCAGAUGAGGGCAGAGAUGGCGUCUUGUGGUGGCAGUAAAUCCUUAUCUACCGUUAGAUUGUUGCUACAAACAGUACCUGAAGAGAAAACUACCCUGUCAAUGUAAUCAGAAGAGCUUAAUAUGUUCCUUUUAAACUAGUCUACGUCACACGGACUUAACUCCUGUCAUCCAGGAAUUUUUGUGGACUAAUAUACAUAUUUAAUGCUCCAGUUGGACAUACAAAUGAAAUGCAACACAGUGGACUGAUAGUGAGUGGUGUGGUUUCAGAUACGACCACCAAAUUUGAGCUCCUGAAGAAGAUGGUGAGAGAUUGUCAAAAAUAUAAAACCAAUAGCUCAGUUUCUUUUUCCUGAAAACAAUACUCACACAUGGUUAUGUUGUUUCUUGAGAUAAAGAAAGAUUACAGAAGUCAUCUAAUUAAUAUAUGAAAGGAUUGGUUCACAUUUUUAGUCUGUUUGAAGACAUGGUGAUGGCCAGUUAUUGAUUUAAUCCUAAAAUGACUUUUCUCAUCAGCAAUGGUGAAGGAAUUCCAGUUUCUGUGCAAACAUGAUUUCUAAAAUUCAACUGAAGAUAAUGAGAGUUGUGAGUUGCAUAAAAAUAUAUAAAUAUCUGCUUGAGGUCAACCGAUAUGGUUUUAUUCAGGGCCGAUACAAAUUUAUUUGUAAUCUAAAAGCCUGAUGAUCGAUAUUUGGCACUUAUAUACAUCUGCCAAAAUGUAAAUAUUGUUGUUAAAUUACAGAAUAGCACAAUUUCAAGCACAGAAGUUAGUUAAAAUACCUUUGUUUAUUGGACUUUUAUAUGUUUAUUGAAAGGAGAACUUUUCCACUUUCAGUAGUCAGUGCUGAUUGGCUGUUACUUGUGACAUGUAACCAAUCAAAUCUUGAGGGCUGACUGCAGAUGGAGAAAAUCAGCUGCAUCAGAGCCAAAGUAGCAUAUUUUUAAAUAACUUUUUUUUUUUUUUAUCUCGGUCUAAAAAAUGCAAUAAUUGGAAAAAAAUCUGAACAUCACUUCUGCCAGUUUAAUAAUCAUUCAACCCCUAGCAUCUUCCUGGUUACUGUGUUUCAGCACAGAAAUCAUUUUGUAUAUCAUUUUGACACAUUGCUGAGCUGCAGUGGAAGAAUCAUAACAUGCUUCCUUACCAUGGCUGUAAUCAUGUUAGGAAGGACUGUCUUUACCUCCAGUAUUAAACCGAAAACUGCCAAUAUGAGCAUACAGCCAUGUGAGUAUUGUUUUAAGAUGGAUUAGGAUUGAUUAGUUAGCUUUAAGGAAGCUAACUAUCUUUUAAAAGACGCAGUGGAAGAAGAUGAUUGAAUCUGUGGGUCAAGAUUUUCACUUUUAGGCAUUUAGCGUAAUUGACAAUACACUAAAAAGACCAGGAAGCUGCCCCCUACGCCAACCAGGAGUAUGUAUAGUGUCUUUUUUAUUUUUAUUUUAAAACACACUUUGCGUAGUUGCCCUUUGUGUUCAGUCUCAGUGAACAUACCCAAAGCAGUUAAAUCUGUCUGGAUAUCGAUCACAGAGACUCCAUGAAGUUAUAAAGUGCCUCACUAACCGAAUGUUUGUCGAGUUCGUAUUAACAUGGAAUGUGUUUGCAGCACACCAUCAUUCUGUAAGGUGUCUUUAGUUUUUUCUAGCUUUACAUGGUUCAAGUACAAACAGUCUCCUAGAUUAAAGUAGAACAUUCUUAGAGUUCUUCAUGGGUUUAACCUCUGCUCCCAUCUGAUGACAGCUCUGCUCUGAAUCACAUAGAAGCCACUUGAACCUCUGAGAAGGACCUACUUAAGCUCUGCAAGGCAGUUACUUGAUAUAUAAAGAUAAUUCAGUCAUCUCUGGUAGUUCUUCUUUAAAGUGCCCAUCUAUUUUUCUUUUUUUUUUCCUUAAAAAAAAAAAAAUCAAUUCAGGUUGUUGUCAGUGCCAGUAUGUGAUUAACAGUGUGUGGUUUGAAUACUUUGAACAUCGUCGUCAUGACUUUUUGGAAUCUGAGAAUUCUUGAUCCAUCACCAUUAUUUAAAAAUUCAUCCCUUCAUCGUGUCCAGUGCCGUCAUGUAUCCAGCGUUUGGUGCCGUCUGUGCUCUUGCAAAUGGACCCCGUGUCCAUGUUUUGUCAUGUGACUGACUACAUUUGCUCAGCCUGUAGUAACCAAACCAGUCUGUCAUUUUUCCAAAGAGUUCACUGCAGUUUAUGGAGAGUCCACAUGAAGCGCACUGAUGUUUACCUCCAUCUCAGUUUAGAGGGCUGUACUAGGAAGCGAGAUUAGCGGGUUAGCAGGUAUGUUGAGCUUUAAGUCAGAGUUUCAGUGUCACGAAGGUGGUUCUCUUCUACCCUGUUAGAUGUCCCUUUUUACCGAUGCUGUGGAGCUAACCCGGUCCGGAGCAGGUUAUGUUUAGAGUUUCGGAUUUAAAUCAGCUGUAGGAAGCGUCUCCCUUUAACCAAAGCGUUUCUUGAUGAUUCUCUGACUGAUACAGAUUGUCAGCUGAGGGAAAAUGUUGUAUCUGCAAACCUGUUGAUCUCUCUGAUAGCAAUACCAUCGAACAAAGUCAUGCAAUUACAGUCUUCCUUGCUGUGUACAUUGUAUUGAAACGGAAUCCAACAUGCAUUUAGUUGGUGAUGCAGAGAAAGCAUAAAAAAUGUUUUUAUGUUUGGUCAGUUUAGCAUAGACUGCUGGUACAGCAGCUGAUAAAAGAUUAGAAAACUGAUUAUUCUACUGGUAUUUAUUACAGAGAAUAUUCAGUCAGUCCCCCUAAUUUCACUUUGAUUUGGCCAAAAAUUAAAGUAAUAUCCUGCAUUCUGGCACUGAGUAUGACCUAAAUGCACUUCAAUACAUUAUGUUUUAAUGUAUGAACUUUAAAGUUUAACAGCUUUAAUGUGCAGCUGUCUGUUAGAAAGAAGUAGCUCAGCUGCAUUUAUUGGUAAAAUACAUAUAUUGCGCACAGUUUUCUACCAGUUGCAGCACUUUUUACCGUCAUCAUUUUUAUAUUCAUUGUUGCUCUCCAUCAUAACAACCUUUUGACUGGAGUAAGCAGAAUGCCAUCAGUUAAUUUUGUGCAGAAGAAGAGUUGGAUAACACAGACAGCCACUUUUAUGUGAACAUGCACAGAAUCUAAAGAAGAAAGUCUGAUUUAACAAAAUUGAUAACCACCUUCAUGCCAUCUGUUACCUCUGACUGGAGCUUUAUUUUUUGUCGAGCCAACUUUGUCAGACUUUCUUGGUAGUGCAGCCCUCAGUAGUCGAUAACGUUGUCUGUUGACAUCUUGAUAACUUCAUGUCUCAGUUGCCUUACAAAGUACUUUAGAGGAUGUUUGCUGGAGCUGUAUUUUGUGUCGAGGCCAGACAAUCAAGGUGACUCUCCAUUAAGCAACAGAAAGAAGUAGCACAUCUCACUUAUUUCAGAUGAAAGAUUAGACUCUCCAGACCACUGUGUCCUCAGUGUGAUGGAACUUUGAGCUCUUUUACAAACAGUCCGUUACAGAACCAGCAUGCUUGUACCUUCAUCCCGACCCUCGAAUACCUCAAUUUUUAUCCAAAGCAUAUAGAAUAUGAAUCUCUUUCAUAUUAUGUUUUUUUUUCUUUUAACCAAUAGAGCGUAUAUUUGAGGUCGUAUUUGUAUAUUUUUGUAAUUUCACACAAAGCCUGCACACAUUUCAGGAAGUGAAAUGUGUCUUUCUAUAUGCAAGAACCAUGAAAAGUUGAGGUGAACGUGAAAGAUGAGGCAGAAUUGGAAAUGUAGCAGCCACCAAGUCAUGGAAACAACUGGAACGUACGGUCAAUUCUUUUAAUAUUAUUUAUAUUUUCAGAACACGAACACCCUUCACUGCUGACAGCAUUUCUCGUAAGAAAUGUUUCAGUUACAGCACUUCUUUUUUUUUUCUUGUUUUUGUGCUGCAUCCCAAAUUCUGUCAAAUUCACACGUAUUCAAAAUCUUUUAAUGGUUCCUGAAGUUGUUGAACUACUUUUUAAUUACAUAUGUCAGUGUGUAUUUUAUUUAUGAUUGAAUCCUUCUCCUUCAUACCUGAAAUUACUUGAAGUGUGUGCCUGUGAUGUUAAUGAUACACAGAUGAAACCCUCUUUGCUAUGUUAGGGAACAUAAUUCAAGAGCUGACACAUUGUACUAAUAACAUUACUGCUGUUAAUGUGUCAUUAAUAAGCCCAGACUGGGUUGAGCACUGUGAUAAUAAUGAACACUAACGCACAGAAUAAAGCACAAUGAGGUCAGUAUUCAGUAGUUCUGUAUUGAAACAAUCUGACUGAAGCUAUCAGGGUGUAAAGCAGUUAAAAUUCUCUGAAGUCAUUUUAAUGAUAAAAAAUGUCUUCUGUAAGUGUCAUAAACGCUCAAUCUGUUGAUCGGUGGCCUUUUUACGGUGAAUGGGUGACCCAGCAUGGCACUUCGUAAUUUCCAGCAGCAAUAAAUAUUGUUCUGAACAAUAUUUAUUCUAUUUGUUCUCCCAUCCGCAAGAAUUCUACCUAAUGUGCAUUCCAAAAAAAUAAAAAUCCCAUAAGCACUGAAGUCAAGAUGACUCCUCUGCUUUGGCUGUGCCUUCAUUUUGUGAUAACGUCUUGGUUUUUGUUUUUUUUUUUUUUUAGAUCUUGAUGUACUUUUCAUAUUUAUCCCAGGAUAUUGCCAUGUUGCAAUAUGAGCUGAAACAUCUGUCCAGGACUGGACCAAACCCACAUUUCUGAAUGAAUGAAUAAAGUCUAUGGAUGUACUCACCUGUACUUCUGUCCCAGGACGGAUGAUGCUGAUGGAAGAGUGUGACGCUAAAACUGGUGCAUGCUCCAUUAAUUCAGUGAAAGGCAAAGCUGACUAUGUUUGAAUCUGUUGUUAUGUUUCACUGUUUGGAUGUAUGAAUAUCAGAUUUGUAAGUUUGAUGUACUUGAAUUGAGAUGGCAUUAAAAGUGAUAAUGGCAAAUGAA